UAGUUAUUAGUGUGUUAAAUAUUUGCCAAAUUAAUAAAAAAGAAGAUCGAAAUUGGCGCUUCUUUUCUCUCUUUUCUCUUAAAUUAAUACUUUUUUUUUUCAUUUCUUUUUAAGAGUAAAAAAGGAAGUCCAGGAAAACAGAAGAGAAAGGCGGAAAAAAGAAUUUCCUUUCCCAUUUAUUCCCAAAUAUAUAGUAAAUCCAUAUCUACUGAAGAAUAGAAGGGUGUUAUAAUUAAGAUCUUUUUUUUUCUUAAAAAAAUAAAACCUAAAUUAAAUCUCAUCAAUCUAAACCGAAUUUUUGCCAGUUAAUUUUACCGCCAUGUCAGUGCGAAGACGAACCUUGCUCAAGGUCAUUGUUCUCGGCGAUAGCGGAGUGGGCAAGACGUCGUUGAUGAAUCAAUAUGUUCAUAAGAAGUUUAGUCAGCAAUAUAAAGCAACAAUUGGUGCUGAUUUUGUCACUAAGGAAGUCCAGAUUGACGACCGCCUUGUCACACUGCAAAUAUGGGAUACUGCGGGCCAGGAGCGGUUUCAGAGUCUUGGAGUUGCCUUCUAUAGGGGUGCAGAUUGCUGUGUCCUAGUUUAUGAUGUUAAUGUGAUGAAGUCAUUUGAUACCCUUGAUAAUUGGCACGAGGAGUUUCUUAAACAGGCAAAUCCAACUGACCCCAGGAUGUUUCCAUUUAUAUUGCUUGGAAACAAGAUAGAUAUAGAUGGCGGUAAUAGUCGAGUGGUGUCCGAUAAGAAAGCAAAUGAAUGGUGUGCUUCAAAAGGAAAGAUACCUUACUUUGAAACAUCAGCAAAAGAAGAUAUCAAUGUUGAUCAUGCAUUUCUUUGUAUUGCCAAAACUGCUCUGGCAAAUGAGCGUGAGCAGGACAUCUAUUUCCAGGGCAUCCCGGAGGCUGUGUCUGAGACUGAGCAAAGAAAUGGUUGUGCAUGCUGAUUACAAGCCAAACUCUUUUAUUCUUGGUUGCCUGAUGCUUCAAUUUUUUUUUUUUUUUUUUUGCGGUUCCUAUGAUUCAUAUCCAUUUUUUGUACACAUUGUAUUCUAAAGUCCCUUGAUUGAGGCAUAUUUUCCUCCUUUUAAGAGUUGAAAUUUGUAGAAUUCUAGUCAGUUUGGUUUUAGUUGUAAUAGGGAUCAAUGUUGUACAGGCAGCCUUUGGAUGAGCUUUCAUCCAAGAAAUGAUUGUUCAUGUUUUUAAAGGACGUGAUAUUAUUUAGGUA